GGCUUCCGGUGUACAUGCCUUGGUGGUGGCGUCGGCGUGGUUUGGAUCGUAGUCCACUCGUCCGCUGUGAUGUUUUUGUUGAUUCACCGUAUAUCGGAAAGUUGAUUAGAGCGGUGUGUGUACGGCCACUGCGGUACAAUGUUUUGUGAACGCGCGUAACGGUGACGAGCGUGGACUAGUUGUCAUUACCGUUCAUAAGGAUGCCGAAACGUAAAUAUCGUGCAUGGGAACUGAGUACAAACAAUCAUGUGUCUAGAAGUACAAUUCAACAUUGGAGGAGAAGAGGCAUACAGUUCAAUGAGUUCACAGGGACUACUACCAUGCUCUCAUCUACAAACCAAUCCCGCCGUGGCGUACUUAGCGCAGCCGAAAACGGGAAGUUGGAAGCAGCUUUACCGCUGUUAUCGGAAGAUUAUGACAGAGUCAGCUACACAGAAGAUGCCGCCACUUCAGGUUCUCCUGAUGGGGACUUAUCCAUAUGUUCUUCUGCAUCGUCUUCAUCGGAUUUCGAAGAAGAUACGAAACAUUGCGGUUUUCUUGAGUCUGACGAUUCCAGCAUUUCUUCUGAAGAAGAUUCAGAUGACAUCUCUACGACGGUGCCACCAUCGAGGCAGGCUCCAGUAUCUACAACACCUGCGGACACCCAGCAACUUGAGGACAAACUGUUUGUGGGGUCUCGCAUUACGCAAGGUGAAAGUCUUUUCCUUAUUAUGAGCCACGCCCUCAAAUAUCACAGCUCAAAGGAGGCUACAGAGAACCUCUUGAAGAUUAUUGAGGCGCAUCUUCCGGAAGGAACCAGCUACCCCUCUACAAAGUACCUCUUUUUUAAGCAAUUUAACAUGCAAAGGGACUCCUUAAAUGUGUACCUCUACUGCAGUAGCUGCUCAGAGCUUUUGUGUAAAGAUUCCCAUGAUGAGUGUUUGGUCGAGUCAAUGACAUGUUCAAAGUGUAUGACGGUGAACAGCAGAGACAAACUCUUUUCAGCCGGAAAUUAUUUUCUUUCACUAGAUGUAGAGGUUCAGUUGCGAGAACUGCUAGAGAAACACGAGGGCCUGUUAAGGGGCCGUGCUUCACCUUCGUACAAUGUUGGUGAUAUUACAGAAAGCCCGGCAUACCGUAAACUCCCUCUCACUGAUGAUGACAUAUCAUUUACUUGGAACACUGAUGGCGUGCCAGUAUUCGAGUCCUCUCAAUACAGUAUUUGGCCAUUGUUGCUCCAAGUAAAUGAGUUGCCAUAUCGUGAGAGGGUUCAGCACCAAGUCCUUGCCGGCCUGUGGUUUGGACUUGCCAAACCACACAUGAACUCUUUCCUCAAGCCAUUUGUUGACACAAUGAACAUACUGUCCACGAUUGGCUUCACGUGGGUGUCAAAAUCUGGUGAAGAAAAGAAGUCAAAAGUAUUCCCUGGUCCUUGUAGUGUGGACAGCGUGGCCAGGUGCCAACUGUUAAACAUGGUUCAGUUUAAUGGCUGUCAAGGAUGCCCUUGGUGUGAGCAACAAGGUGAGGUUCUCCAAGUAGGAAACGGCCACUGCAGAGUUUAUCCGAUCCUGCAAGAGCCUUCGGCACAGAGAACUGAUGAAAGUUUUAAGAGCCAUGCGAAGAAAGCUCAUGAUACUGGACAAGUUAGCGGUGGGGUGAAGGGCCUAAACAUACUUUUCUUUCUCUCUUACUUCAGCCUCACAGCAGGGUUUGUGGUUGACUAUAUGCAUGCUGUGUGCCUCGGCUUUGUGCGAGCGACAGCAUGCAUGUGGUUUAACCACAAACGGCCACACAAAUACAACAUCGGAAAAAAAAUAUCUGAAAUAGAUUUCAGGCUUGAAAGUCUGAGCUCUAUUUCAGAAAUUCCUCGACUUCCUCGAUCAACUAAACAGUGGAAGUAUUGGAAAGCGUCAGAGUGGCGGAACUUCUUACUCUUUUUUUCGCCAAUUGUCUUAAAGGGCGUACUACCUAGAAGGUACUAUGUUAACUGGAUGAAAUUUGUGCAAAUAAUGCAUGUUUUGUUGAAUGAGACGGUUCCUCUUCAUAACAUUCCCCUCAUCCGUAAGGAGUUGGUCAAUUUCCUAACAGAGUACCAGACUCUGUAUGGAAAAGAAAAAAUGACAUUCAAUGCACACAUUCUUUUGCAUAUGACAGACAGUGUGAAAAACUGGGGCCCUUUAUGGAAUUAUUCAGCAUUCUCUUUUGAGAAUAUGAAUGGCAAGCUGCUCAAAUCAUUUCAAGGCACACGGUUCGUGGGACAGCAAAUAUGUGAAAAAUAUCUCAUGUCGCUGCAGCUUCAGAAGUUCGCUUCCUUGGCAAAGCCAGACACUAGUUUCAUGAAUGUCUUUGGCAGCAUUAUAAGGGGGUACAAGCCACGCAGGUUCGCACAGCAAAUUGGGAACAUCAUAGUCUAUGGCAAAGGGGAGUCAGAGAACAAUAAGUGUCUGUUUAAGAAAGUGUCUUUUGGCUCCCUAACAUAUUCUGUUAAUAAAGUUAAGAAGUCGCGGCGCAAAAAUUCAUAUUUCCUGAAUGAAAAUGCCUUCAGCUGUAUUCGUCAGAUAGCACUCUCCUGUACCACUCUCACUCAUCCUGGUAACUGCAGUUGUGAGAAAACUGUUGCUGUAAGAGCUCAGAAAUAUCGGGUGAAAACAAAUAUUCUUUCAGUGCUGGAUAAAACGUUACAGAUCAAUGCUAUUGUCGAAGUUCAGCCUACUGAUAUAGUUGAAGAAAUUUAUGAUUUCUCUCCCAAGAAGUGUCUCUUCUUUGAAAUUGAUGAAACAAUGUACAUGUGUGUUAUACACGAAAAUCUUGUUCAUGAGGCCAAGUAAGGUGAUCUGUUCUGCUGUCCUCCAAUCUCUUGGGCAGCUCCGGUUGUCAACCUCUUUCGCAUGUAAUUGUGUAACGACCUUAGUGUGCGUUUGACC